AUUAGGACACAUAAACCCAAAAUACUCAUGAGCGGAGACAGCUCUUGUUGGAAUGCUUCCGCGUCUCCGGCGAAUCUCUCGCCCAUUCUCCCAUUCUCUUGUCUUUUCCUCCGGGCACAAAACCCUAGCAGCUCCCAUCACUUCCUCAGUCGAUUCCCAUGUUGGCGCGCCUCCGGUUGCCGUCUUCUGGGACCUCCACAACAGGCCCCCAAAGUCGAUUAGUCCCUACGACGCCGCUGUUCGCCUCCGUCUUGCCGCCUCCUCCCUCGGCCCUCUCCGCUUCGUCGCGGCCUACGGCACUGCUCAAGCCCUCCGCAACGUCCCCUCCCCCGUUUGCAUCUCUCGGCUACAGGACCCUGCUCCCUCCCCGACGCCCCUCCGCAGACUCGACUCGGCCACCGGCGGCCGCUAUGUCCGUCUGAAAGCCCAGCUCAGUUUAAAGAUGGAUAAGUUCAGGAAGGCGGCGAGGGAGGUUUUGAUACCUAGGGUCGGGCAUGGCCUCGGAGACGAGCUCCAACGGGCGGGGGUUUCAGUACGGAUUGUGGAGGAUAGGCCGGAAGCGGCUGAUCGGGCGCUUAGGGAGCACAUGGCGGAGACUAUGGAUAGGCGACGAGUUGGCUGCUUGGUUUUGGUUUCAAAUGACACCGGAUUUGUCGGAGUUAUCAGGGAGGCAAGGAUGAGGUGCAUGAAGACGGUGGUGGUUGGUGAUGACGGGGACGGCGCGCUGAAGAGGUGCGCUGAUGCUUCUUUCUCGUGGAAGGAGGUGGUUUCAGGGAAGGCAAGGAAGGAGGGGCCUUCAGCCGUGGUAAGGUGGAAUGACAGGGAUUUGCUAAAGAAAUUGGAGUGGCGGUAUGAACCAGAGUCGGAACCUAAUGAAAGCGAAUGUAAUGGGAGUAAAUGGGAAGACAUAGAUCCAGGAUAUGAGAGCGCUUCUGAUGGAUGUGAAGAUUUGAUGGGCCAGAGAGUUUCCAAGCCUUGGUGGAAGCUUGAUUAGUUUGAUGAUAAUUCAGUUGCAAGGCAUUAACUUUUGGUGCUAAUUUUCAAAUUCCGACAGAGAGAGAGAGAGGGAGAAAGUCUUCUGUUCUUUGGUAGCCACAUUUCCUGAUCUCUAUGCAUCUGCAAAGGGGAAAGAAGCUAUUUUUCAAGCCUCUAACGAUGGAUUAAAUCUUGCUUAUGGUGCUUGACUUCGAAGGAGGUGCAGCAAGAUGCCGCAGGCUAUCAUGUUUUACUCUUUGCUUUUUCAUUUGAUAUUCCGGUUUAUCAUUUGAUUUUUGAGCUAAUGGCUCAUUUAUUUGCUGUAGAUAUAUGCAUGAUGCUCACAUCUUCCGUAGUUUAAUUUUGUUUUCAUUGUAGUUUCUACUUCACAUCUCCAUUUUUUUUGUCUUAUCUUUCCUUCAUCCAGAUGUUGCAAACUUGGGACUAGCUUUUUGUUAUUUAUCAAUCGACUAUUUUAAUUAAAAUGCUCUUUACAAUCUAGGCUACACUUUUUAUUUACUAAAAAUGUGAUGCCCAUUAGAUAAAUGAUGUGGGAAUUGGGGUAUGACUUGAAGAUUAUCAGGACUCAGCAAAAUUCAAUCAUUUUCCAACCAAGUUUUAUUGUUGAAUAGAAAAUUCAAUCAAUUCAAGUGAAUCCAAAGAAGUUACUCUUUAUAUUUCUUCUCUCUUCCCUAUCUCCCUCUUUUUAAGGCUUAUCAUGGGAGUUUCUUUCUUUAAACCAAACCUUAAUACCUCACUUACAGUAUCAUGCUAACAUUUAUAUU